UUGUGCGUUGGAUCUUUGGUGGGGCGGGAGCGUUCUGACGAGAAGCUGAUAAAUCACCAAAAUGGCUCUGACACGACCUUUGUCAAAUCGCCUGCCUCUGAAGCACUGCUGUGAAACAGUUUCGUCAGGGAUGGGCAUUGUCCCUGGAAGGGGACAUGAAGUCCACCAAGUGGUGCGCUCCCAGCUGUCGGAGCUGCACCUGAGCCCGGCCUCCGAGCUGCACGUGCACUCAUCCAGCCGGCACCCGCCGCUGGUGCCGCCCAACAUCGACGAGCUGAACUCGUCGGCGCGCUGCCAGUUCAGCCGGCGCCGCUCCCGGGACAUCUCGGGCCGGCUGGCGCUGCUGAGCGGCGGCAGCCUGAGCGUCGGCCACCUGGUCGACCCGCUGGCGCCGGCGCCAGACACCCACCUGCAGUCGUACGACUGCCGUGGCGCCGUCAGCCUGCACUCGGUCAUGCAAACCAACGUGCCGGAGCCGUUCGCCGUAGAGCUGACCGGUCGCGCCGCCGAGGAGCUGCUGAUGCCGGGCGGCCCGCCCACGCACCUCAACAUGCCCGGCGGGCAGUGCGGUCAGGAGGACAAGUACCUGGCGCGCGACCUGCAGGAGGCCCACCCGCGUCGGCUGCCGCGCCACUAGACAGCAGUGUGACGGGCCAGGAAAUCGGAAGCCUGCCGUUUCACGGGCUGUCCACCUCUGCCCAUCUCCCUGCGAGUUCGGGUCGAAUCACCGGAAUCCGCCACGCGUCUGAGGCUGGGCUGAUCCGAGCUCCGUGUACCUGUCACGGGCCGCUGUUCAUGUUCGGAUGACAGUGAACGGUCUGUCGCGUGCGAGAAGGCAGUGUCGUGGGUGUUUCUGCCGGGCCGGUAGUCAGGUGGGGACGAGAACGGGCCAAGAGCUACGCAGAGCAUCAGAAGUUGACGCUGUGACCCAUCACGCUGCGCUACUCCAUCCUGUGGUCAACCACCCUUUCAUACCCAGGAAGUUCCGGAAGAUGAGCAGAUUGGGUAUUUAACAAGUUGUCCAAAUUAUUUUAUGGAACGAGUCCAUAACUGAUUCAGAAUGUAACAGUUUUGCCUAAGAAAUCAGGGCGGAAGAAGCGGCGCCAUUCUUACAUCGUUUCGUUCUACUGGCCCGCCGGGGACGCCACGUGUCGGGACGUCAAAUACUGUCAUAUUUGAAAGCACGGCUGUGAAAUCCGCCGUUUUUGAAAGCAUCGUCCCCGCCAUCUGGAAGCCUUAACUUGCAUAAUUAUUACAGCCCAGAUCGCGAACUGCUGGCAAGAGCUAUUGGUUCAGAGGACGCUGCGGCUUUUUGCACGGCCAGCUCAGUUAUUGUUGGGUAAUGGGUGUACCCAACCCGGUAGCGCGCACACCGUCUUGGUGGCGCCAUGGCCUUUAGCAGAUGUACACAGCUGUGGGGCAGCUUUUAGAGCGUGAGGGAAGUGUAAGCUUAGACGUUUGAUUGCGAGUUGGCCCCUGGGACUAAUUGCUAAUACUUCGUCUGAAGACCAUAGGCGUGUGUUCGACUUGUGUCGAUCGGGCAACGGUAAUAUGCUGCUUCGUGUGGUUUUCCCGAUUGUUACACGUUGCGUGCGCUAAUAUCCGGCGUUGUAAGCUGGAGUGCGAGCGCGGUCCCCUGGCCAUCACUGGACGCUCGCCAGUUUGCUGUAGAUUAAGAUGUGUAAGCAUUACAUCGAGUGACACGUAGGUAGUUUUUCAUGUGUGUUUUUAUCGCGUGCGUCUCUGUCAUAAUUGGCAUAUUCGAAAACUGUUUCAAGACGCCUACCGUGAGCUGCAGCGCUGUCCAAAUGACGCAUUGCAGCGGUCAGUGGUGGUCGACGGCCGUGCCGGCUUUUCCGCUGGCUCGCACUGGCUGGCGGCGUGCCGCGGGCGGGCGGUGUGGACAAAGCGUGCUGGGAGAGCGCUUGUGUACUAUCGGUCAUCUCGUGAACCGAUCGCAAACUUCGCUGCGGACGCCGCCGCACCGUCUCGCUCCGCUGCCGUCACCGGUGGAAAAUGUCAUGAACUGUGGCAUUCAGUAGCAGUGGGAAAGUUCAUGCGAGCGCGGACCCGCCCGGGGCAUUGUGUCAUCUCAUCAGCAGGUGUCGGGCGUCAGCUGAGGACACGUCCGAUGCCAGGUGUUCGUAGCUGCACAUCACGCCCGCGGCCGGUGACGAGCAUCUUUCGCCUGGUCCGUGGACACAGGCCGGUUGCCGGUCCAGUGACCCGCUUCUUAAAGAAACACCGGUGCAACCAAGUUUAACCGCACCGGAUCAGCGUAUGGGCUGGAAACAUGUCGGUUUUUUGUGGGUCAUUAAGGAGUGGCUCACGUCUGGUUGACACCAAGUCGUUGCAAGUCCAUGUGCUCAUGACGCACGAAUAAAGAGCCGCUGUGC